CGAUUCCUUGAGGUCACCUACCCAUCCACAGUCUCCCGACAAGACCGUGGAUCCAAUCUAUCGACCCCCAAAGCAUCAUACAUGGCAACCUUUGUCGUGACGUCCCUACCUAGCGAUUUAUUUGUGGGACCAGUGAGUCCUGUCGAUCGCAUCACGGCAAAGAGCCCAAAUCAUGCCGCGUUUGUCGAUCCGAAGAAGGAACUCAAGCGCGUUCGAAGCGUCGGAUUCGAAGGCGCUGACAUUGUCGAGUUCGAACCUACCAUCUUCACGACCACGGUCACAUCUGGCGGCGUCCCGGUGGGGCUAUCUAACAUGGAGCGCCGAAGGAUCCGAAGGCGCCUGGAUUCGUUUGAACUGGAGCGAAAAGAUGAGCGCGUAUGCCGACAAAACUACAUGGAAGAAGGGUACUUGGAUCCCGACGAGAGAGCUACGAUCCUGGGCAAUGCUGGCUGCGAAGCUUCCUCGUUUGAAACAGUCGAAGCUGAGCUCAACUUGAUCAUUGCCCAUCGACGAGAAUCCAACGAAAUGGACGUGCAAUGCAUAUACGGACUUGGCGAGUACGGAAUGGAAGACUCGGAAGUCCCUGAUGCGGUGCAUGACGACGAUGCUGAUUCGAGCGACGACGAAGGGCUUCCAGGUCCAUCUCCUUUCCACAGCACGUACUUUGCAACGACAGCCGACACAACCCACGAGUGGAGGCAGACUCUCGACAUCAUUGCUCGAACCGACAUGCAUGAACACAUCAACAACAUUGACGACCACCACGACGAUGGCGGCGUAUGGACCACCCACUUUCGACUUGACAGGUGUCAAAGUACGACCGAAGAAAGCACCACCCCAACGGCAGUGGAAGGCAGUGUCGGUGAUGCGAUGAACGGCUGCUUCCUGCCCACGUGCGACGAAAACUUCUCGGACCAGGACUUGAGCAGCACUGAUCUCGGUGACGCAUCUGGUCUGUGAAGUCGCGACGGCCGGGGCGAAGGACCCCCCUUUAUAGUACCUUGCUAGGGAGAUACCACAAUUGUACAGAUUGGUGAUGCGAUGGUUUGUUGCACCGCCGCGCUCGCCAUGCGUAGUGCGAGGAAGGUGGACACAUCACUACAUGGC